AUGGGACGAUCUUUACCUCCUUGUUAUAGACCUCUCCACACGUCGGUACUACGAAAUGACUUUCGAAGACUGGCAAUAUACAUUCUCCUGCUUACUUACUUUUGCUACACACUUUUUCAUGCCUCACGAAAACCCCUUAGCAUUGUUAAGACGGUUCUUCAUCGUCCCGGCGUAAAUGGACAACUAAAAACUGUUGGUUUCACUUCUGACGGUUGGGAACCAUUUGAUUCUGACAAUUGGAGUCAGUUACUGGGUGGCCUUGAAUAUAUUUAUUUGUUUGUUUAUGCUGUUUCAAUGAUUCUAAGUGGCUUUCUUGCAGAAAGAGUCAAUUUAAGAUACUUCUUAUCUAUCGGGAUGUUUCUUAGUGGAGUUUCCACUUUUGCAUUUGGACUGGCUUCAUACUUCGAAAUUCACUACUACUCAUACUUCGUCUUUAUACAGGUGUUUUCUGGUCUUGUUCAAGCUUCUGGAUGGCCGGCUGUUGUUACUCUGGUGGGAAAUUGGUGGGGCAAAAGCAGACGGGGACUUAUUAUGGGUCUUUGGAAUUCUCAUACAAGUUUGGGAAAUAUCAUAGGUUCAGUCAUUGCUGGAAUCUAUGUUGAAACAAACUGGGGAGCUUCUUUUUAUCUACCCGGUCUUAUCAUGAUGGUUGGAGCGUUGGUUGUGUACCUGACAGUUAUAGAGCAUCCUAACAUGGUCUAUAACUCGGCUAGUUCAGAAAAAACAGGUACUCAAAUUCCAAUGUCAGGAAGCAUAUAUGGGGGAAACAUCGACCGCGAAAGGUCGGAUAAAGAUGAUUUGAGACCUUUAAUAUCGGAUAUUGAGGCCACUCGACCAAUUAAUUUCAUUGAAGCUCUUCUAUUGCCAAGUGUGUUUACCUACUCACUCUUAUUAUUCUUUACGAAACUUGUCUCAUAUACAUUUCUUUAUUGGUUACCAAACUACUUAACAAUUGUUGAACAUGUAUCAGCUGAACAGGCUGCUAAACUUUCUGUGUUAUUCGAUGUUGGUGGCAUAAUUGGUGGUGUAUUGAUAGGAUGGUUUAGUGAUAGUCAAUCAAAUGGACAAAAUCUCAACGAAGAUGAAAAAACAAUCAAAAAACGUGCACUUGCUUGUCUUGUUAUGCUAGCUUGUGCGGCACCUUUGCUAUUAGCCUAUCGUUCUAUGACUUCUGCGAACUCGCUGAUGUCGUUAAUUUUACUUACAUGUUGCGGUUCUGCAGUCAACGGACCUUAUGCAUUAGUUACAACUGCUGUAUCUGCCGACUUGGGUACUCAGUCGGCCUUGCUAGGGCGAACUCGUGCUUUGGCUACAAUUACAUCUAUUAUUGAUGGAAUGGGAUCACUGGGUGCUGCGUUAGGUCCACUUCUGACUGGUUUACUAGUUCCAUAUGGUUGGUCUGUUGUAUUUGCUAUGCUUAUCACAUCCGAUCUACUGGCCAUGUUAAUGUCAAUAUGGAUUGUCGUUAAUUCAAGUCGUCUGCAACAUCGUCAAACAUAUUAUCGACUUCAAUCAACAAUUCCUAUUUAA